GUUAACUUUAGGAGCCAAAUAUGAGAGGAAGAAGUAUGGAAAUUAUAUCCUGCCACAAGACCUUGAAUGCAAAGCACCCGAGCUUGUAUUGCAUCAACACAUUUUUCCUUAAAAGGUCAUGGAAAACACUGAAGAAACAUCAAAGUGAGUCGAAUCACUGUUUUUAUUUUACAAAGGCAGAAAAUGAGACACCAUAAGAUGAAGAAGAUGGUCCUGAGCAAGUAAUAGGAGGAAAGAAACAAAAACAAAACACCGACACAGAUUUACUAAUGAAGAAAUGAAAAAACUUAAAAAGAUAUUUACAUACAAUCCUUAUCCGGAUUUUACAACCAGAGAAGAACUGGCCAAAAAACUCCAAUGUCAAGUGAACGUAAUUGAUAACUGGUUCCAGAACAGCAGAGCCAGACUUCCAACCAAAGAAAGCAGCAGACUAUUUGCUACAUGGAAACAGUGCAAUGUCCCAGUCCAAGCUCAUCCACUUUUAGAAGUCCAGGAUACCCAGGCUGAAGCUCCAAACUACACCACCAACCAGAGCCUUUCUUGUGCCCAGAAGAUUCUGAUGGGUAGAGCAGAUUGCUCCUCUCUGGAGAAACAGGGGAUUUCUAGUCAGCAAGCAGGCCCUAGUUGGUCCUUUCCAGUCUCAGGCACUAUAAAGCAACCAGGUGGUGCUUUGGAGAAUCAAGAUCACACAGGAAGUGGGCGUUCUCCUUCUUGUCCUUUUCCUAGCUACAGCCCAGCAGGUUGCCUUCACACUCCUAAAGCUUUAGUGUGCUACUUUGUGAGAGAAAGGGUUGACACUGGGGAAAGCCAGCAUGCAGACCCUUUUCUGUCAUGUUAUCUUCAUAGUGAGUACGGAGUGAGGAAGCAGCAGGAAGAGCAAGAGGAAGACAAUUUUAAAAAGUGUUCACUAUCGGAAUGUCUGCAGCAGGAUGAUUGGCAGUAUUACUUGGAGCAGCACCAACGGCCCCAGAUUUACCAAGAAAAGAUGCUGUUCCUGGAGCAGCUGACAGUGGACCUGGAUCCUGGGGAUCAAGGGCAGGAUUUGGACUCCUCUCAGUUGCAGUUGCAGGUUCAGUUUCCUCAAAAUAAUGGAGAGCCCGGCUGCUCUCAACUUCAGCAAGCACCUCCCCAAAUAGUUGCCAACUCAUCACUGCUGUCCCCAGGGCAACAUAUGCAGCAAUGGGCUUCAGAUCAACCCAGGGCUCAGAUGCAGCAGCCACCACUGCUGUCCCCAGGGCAACGUAUCCAGCAAGGGGCUUCAUACCAACCCAGGGCUGAGAUGCAGCAGCCACCACUUCUGUCCCCAGAACAACGUAUGCAGCAAGGGGCUUCAUAUCAACCCACGGCUCAGAUGCAGCAGCCACCACUUCUGUCCCCAGGACAAUGUAUGCGGCAAGAGAUUUCACAUCAACCCAGGGCUGAGAUGCAGCAGCCACCACUUCUGUCCCCGGGAAAACGUAUGCAGCAAGAGGCUGCAUAUCAACCCAGGGCUGAGAUGCAGCAGCCACCACUUUUGCCCCCAGAACAACGUAUGCAGCAAGGGACUUCAUAUCAACCCAUGGCUCAGAUGCAGCAGCCACCACUUCCGUCCCCAGGACAAUGUAUGCAGCAAGAGAUUUCACAUCAACCCAGGGCUGAGAUGCAGCAGCCACCACUUCUGUCCCCGGGACAACGUAUGCAGCAAGGGGCUUCAUAUCAACCCACGGCUCAGAUGCAGCACCCACCACUUCUGUCCCCAGGACAAUGUAUGCAGCAAGAGAUUUCACAUCAACCCAGCACUGAGAUGCAGCAGCCACCACUUCUGUCCCCGGGAAAACGUAUGCAGCAAGAGAUUGCAUAUCAACCCAGGGCUGAGAUGCAGCAGCCACCACUUUUGCCCCCAGAACAAUGUAUGCAGCAAGGGACUUCAUAUCAACCCAGGGCUGAGAUGCAGCAGCCACCACUUUUGCCCCCAGAACAACGUAUGCAGCAAGGGACUUCAUAUCAACCCAGGGCUCAGAUGCAGCAGUCACCACUUUUGCCCCCAGGACAACUUAUGCAGCAAGGGACUUCAUAUCAACCCACGGCUCAGAUGCAGCAGCCACCACUUCUGCCCCCAAGAUGACACAUGCAGCAAAAGAUUUCAUAUCAACCCAGGGUUCAGAUGCAGCAGCCACCACUGGUGCCCCCGGGGCAACAUAUGCAGCAAAGGGCUUCAUAUCAACCCAGCGCUCAGAUGCAGCAGCCACCACUUCUGCCUCCAGGACGACGUACGCAGCAAAAGAUUUCAUAUGAACCCAGGGUUCAGAUGCAGGCCACCACCGGUGCCCCCGGGGCAACAUGUGCAGCAAGGGAAUUCAUAUCAACCCAGGGCUGAGAUGCAGCAGCCACCACUGCUGCCCCCAGGGCAAUAUAUGUAGCAAGGGACUACAGAUCAACCCAGGGCUAAAAUGCAGCACUAUGGGUUGAGGAAUCUCCAGGGGUCCACCUCAGAGACCAGAUGCAUUUCUAGGAAGUAGUACUAAAGUUCAGAAAGUCUCAGUUAUGGUGACCCACAGGCACCCAUACAGAAGCCCAAGACAAAAGCCUUUCCAGAAGCCAUCACAUUAAAUUUUUUUUUAAUUUUUUUUUUUUUUUUGAGACAGAGCCUCAAGCUGUCGCCCUGGAUAGAGUGCUGUGACGUCACAGCUCACAGCAACCUCCAACUCUUGGGCUCAAGCAAUUCUCCUGCGUCUGCCUCCCAAGUAGCUGGGACUACAGGGGCCCACCACAAUGCCCGGCUAUUUUUUGUUGCAGCCAUCAUUGUUUGGCGGGCCUGGACUGGAUUCAAGCCUGCCAGCCUGGGUAUAUGUGGCUGGUACCCUACCCAUUGAGCUACAGGCACCACCCAGAAAAAAUUUUUUUAAUUAAAAUAUUUAAAAAAGGGUGGCACUCAUACAACUCAGGUGUAUGUGGCUGGCGCCUUAGCCACUUGAGCCAUAGGCACCGAGCCAAUUUUUUUUUUUUUUUUUUUUUGAGGCAUAGUUUCACUUUGUUGCCCUCGGUGGAGUGUCCUGGCAUCACAGCUCACAGCAACCUCCAACGUCUAGGCUUGUGUGAUUCUCUUCCCUCAGCCUCCUGAACAGCUGGGACUACAUAGGAGCCCACAACGCCCAACUAUUUUUUUUUGCUGUUUGGCCAGGGCCGGGUUCAAACCCACCACCCUUGGUAUAUGGGGCCGGCACCCUACCCACUGAGCCACAGGUGCCACCCUUUUUUAAAUUUUUUAAUUAAAAACAUUUUUUCUGGGUGGCGCCUGUAAGGUUUGAACCCGGCCCAGGUCAGCUAAACAAACAAUGACAACUGCAACAGAAAGAUAGCCAGGCAUUGUGGCGGGCACCUUGGUCCCAACUGCUUGGGAGGCUGAGGCAGGAGAAUCACUUGAGCCCAAGAGUUGGAGGUAGCUGUGAGUUGUGAUGCCACAGCACUCUACUGAGGGGGAUGGGGUGAGACUUUGUCUCAAAAAUAAUUUUUUUUUAAAUUAUCAUUAGGAAGAUUCCAUCAGCUGUUAGUCCUGUGGUCCCUAUUAGCCCAUGAGACCAGAGAAGCAGUGUCUGUGUGUUAUAACCCUUGACCACAUAAGUUUAUAGAGACCUGGAAAAGCCUGACCUAGAGCACGGAAUGAAAAAUGCACCAGCACAAACAUAGCAAGAGCAUCUCUUGGUGGCUGGACUGGCAUGAGCAUUGGAUAAGAUAGAUGUGGAAGCUGAGACGUAGAGAAGUGAAGGGACUGGCCUACAUGGAAGAGGGUCCUACCACAAAAAGCAGCAGUAGAACCUGUGUUGCUGGCUGCACUUAGAGCGCUGAUAUCAUAGCUCACAGCAACCACAAACUCUUAGGCUCAAGAGAUCCUCAUGCCUCAGCUUCCUGAAUAGCUGGGACUAUAAGAGCCUGCCACAAUACCCAGCUAAUUAUUCUAUUUUAGAGUGCUAGGAUUACAGGCGUGAGCCACCACACCUGGCCCACAAAAGAACUUUAAUUGUGGUUGCCAGCACAUGAACUAUCAGAAGCCUCCUAAGUUUUUGAAGACUUUUUUUAGUUUGGUCUACUCAAGUUUUAUGAAUAUCCUUAACAGACUAAGAGACAGUAAUUAAAUGGAGUGUCAACUGAAGAUGAAUGAGGAGCCUGAGCUCUCUCUUCCUGCGACCUAGCUGCACACUGGUAGUGUCCUGUAGGAAUCUAUUUGUAAUAAGUUUCCACUAUGUGCUUUAAAACGUUAGAGAAUAAUUUGAUUAAACUUUAAUCUGUAAAAAAAAAAAAAAGAAGAAGAAGAAGAAGAAGCCAUUGGGAUUUUCAUUGGGUUGCACUGACUCUGUAAAUCACUUUGGGUAGUAUUGUCAUCUUAGUAAUAUUAAAUCUUCCAGUCCAUAAACACGUGAUGUGUUUCAUUUAUUUUGUCUUUUAAUUUUAACAGCAGUG